AUGGCUUCAACACCCUUUUUGCUCUGUUUCCUUCUUCUCAUUAUCUCUGCUUUCUCCUUUCAUUUCUCCAAUGCUACCUUUGUGCUUCCUAUUGUCAAGGACAACACCAAGUCCCAAUACUACACCUCUUUUCUAGUAGGAACACGCCCAUCUACUCGUGUGUAUCUGGUCAUUGAUAUCGGUAAUCGAUGGUCCUGGUUCGCUUGUGACCUCUAUGGCUACAACAGUAAUUCCACAACCUACCAUGAAGUACCCUGCAACUCACCCAAGUGUGCGCACUAUGAGCCAACAGGGACUUUUUGUUCCGGUGACACUUGCGGUGUUUACGCAUACACCCCAUGGGGUGACAGCCUCUAUGCUGGCGGUCUCGUUGAGGAUGUAUCGAGCUUGUACAAGCAAGCCCAACCAAACUCCCUAGCUCAACUCUCUAAAGCUAGCUUACCUACUUUUCCUUUUAGUUGCGCUGACAAAGGCCCUUUGAAGGGCUUAUCACCUCAUACCAAAGGGGUGGUUACCCUUGCAAAGGUACCUUUUGCCUUGCAUUCCCAAAUCUCCUCAACUUUCAAGGUUCCUCGUAAGUUUGCUCUUUGUCUUCCCUCUUCCACUUCUUCGGGUUAUAAUGGCGCUGUCUACUUCGGAGGAAGCCCUAGUUAUAUGUCAAAAUCACUUAUAACCACCCCACUUAUAAUCAAUCCUAACAGCACUGCGCCAAUAAGAUCAGAUGGAGAAACUUCAGUAGAAUACUUCAUCAAGGUAAGGUCUAUCAAAAUCGACGGAACCCCAAUACGCUUUAGAUCCUCGUUGUUGUCCUUCGACAUCAAGGAAGCAGUUGGGGGGACUAAGAUUAGCACUAUGGACCCUUACACUGUACUACACAGUGAAAUAUACAAGGCUCUUAUCAACGUAUUUGUAACAAAAGCAACCGCCAUGAAGAUGACUAGGGUUGCUCCAGUAGCUCCUUUCGGGGCAUGUUUUAGUACAAAAUCAGUGGUUAACAACGCUAAAACUGGUCCAUCAGUACCAAUUAUUGACAUAAUAAUGGAUGGUAAAAGUCCCUUGUUGCACAACAAGAAUGCGAGGUGGAGGAUCUACGGCGCGAAUUCGAUGGUGAAGGUUUCAGAGAAUGUAAUGUGCUUAGGAUUUGUAGAUGGAGGUUCAAGCCCAACCACAUCAAUAGUAAUAGGUGGGAAGCAAAUGGAGGAUAAUUUGGUGGAAAUAGACCUUGAAACUAAUAAGCUUGGAGUCACUUCGUCUCUUCUUCGCAUGGGUACAAGUUGCUCCAAAUUUAAGGGAAUUUAA